GCACGCGAGAUCGUCGCAAUGCAAGGCAGCAGCAGCCCCGCUCGAACGGACCGCACCGCCGAGUUUUUCGGCAUCGCCGACGUUCGUUGCCAGCAGCGCGGCCGCCCACCCUCGUCCAGGCCUCGUCCGCAGCGCACCGCCUUUGGCGCCUCGAGCUCACGCGUCGGGCAGGCGCUUCACGAGCUCGAUGGCCGCGUCGUGCGCCUCAGCAAGCUGGCGAGCAAGACGAGCCUCUUCGACGACCCGGCGCUUGAAAUCGCCGAGAUCUCGGGCCUGAUCAAGCAGCACCUCGGCCGCGUCAGCGGCAGCAUCGAGGCGCUCGCGCGCAGCGGCCGGCCCGCCGGCGCGCAGUUUGCGGCGCAUGCCGAGGCGGUCCUCUCGUACCUAAAGGGGGGGCUGCAGCGCGGCAGCGAGGGCUUCCAGCACGCGCUCCAGACGCGCGAGGCCAUCCUCUCCGCCAAGGAGGCGCGCGCCGAGAAGAUCGGCGUCGGCGUCGCGGCGACGCCCACGCCGGCCGGCCGGUGUGGAGGGGGAGGGGCGGGGAGCAGCCGCACGCCGAGCGGGCCGCUGGGAGGGAGCGGCGGCGCCGGCGGCUUCGGCGGCUCCUUCAGCGGCGCCGCCUUCGCCACGCCCGGCAACGGAGCCUCUGUCCUGCAGCGCCGCCGGCCGCACCCGGCGUAUGCGACGCCCGUGCCGGCGGCGGCGUGCGGCGACGGCGGCUUCGGCGGCUGCGGCGAGGCGCCGGGGUCGGCGGUCGCGAUCGACAUGGGCGGCUUCAGCGGCGGCGCGCCGGGCAGCGGCGGGCAGCAGGCGCAGGCCUUUUGGACGCCGCGCUCGCGCCAGCACCGCCAGGAGGAGAUGUCGCAGAUGCAGUCCACGCUCGCGGAGCUGGGGACCAUGUUCCAAAAGUUCACCUCCCUCGUCUCGGAGCAGGGAGAGAUGGUGCGCCGGAUCGACCUCGACACCGAGGUGGCGGCGACCAACGUCGAGCAGGCGCACAUACAGAUCAAAAAGUUCCAAAAGCACAUCUCGGGCAACCGCUCCCUGAUCAUCAAGUCGUUCCUCGUCCUCUUCUUCUUCAUAGUGCUCUUUGGGACCGUGCUCCGGUGAGGCGAGAUUUGCACUGGUUGCCGCGACAGCCCUAGGUGUCUUUCUCUUAUUUCGUUGUAUGUGGCUCUUACUAACUC